AUGACUAACGAAUCAAAUAAUCAAUCAUCAUCUUCAUCAUCAACUCAAGCUGCUGCUGCUACACCAGCUGCACCAGUCGCUGCAUCAUUGCCACCAGCAUCAGCAUUCACAAAGUACAUCCAAAACUUUAAGGGUGAUGCCAUCUCGCAAUGCUCGUUGUUUGCCAAGAUGAUGAUCUCGUUGGCCGGCGUCAGCUUUGAGCCUGCUGAAUUGUCCAAGAAGCAAGCCGCCACCGAACUCCGUUUCCUCAAGGGUGAAGAGGAAAAGGACAAAAAGAAGGAAAAGGAGGAAAAGAAGGAGCAAAAGAACAAGACCAAGGAGGAAAAGACCAAGGGCAAGGAGGAAAAGAAAAAGGAUAAAAAGGACAAAAAGAACAAGGACAAGGAGGAAAAGAAGAAUGGCAAGGGUGACAAGAAGGACAAGAAGGACAAGAAAGACAAAAAGGACAAAAAGAACAAGGACAAGUCAGAGCCACAAAAGACCAAGGAAGAAAAGAAAAAGGAGAAAAAGGAAAAGAAGGAACUCAAAAACAAGGACAAGGAACUCAAGAACAAGGAAAAGCAAGAAACCAAAUCCAAGGACAAAGAAGAUAAAAAGAAGAACAAACAAGAUAAAAAGGACAAAAAAGACAAGAAUGAAACUUUCCUAACUCAAAAGGUUAUUAAUGAUACAAAGGCUAUUCUUGAGAAUGAUAAUUCGAUUGCUUUGUUGGCCCCAUGUAUGCAAGCUGUCAAGUGUGCCGAUGGUGAUAAGGAAUGCAACCGUUUGAAGCAAAUCUCAUUACUCAAGUUUAGAAAUGAGUCUUGUCUCUCGGUCUUUGUCAACAGACUCCAAGACUGUCAACAAACUGGCAGUAAAAAGUGUAUCUCUAACAACCUUGGAUUCUUCUCUACCUGCAGAACCUACAACAGAAGAUUACAAGAAAUCUUGGCUUCUGGUUAUUAA